ACGAAACAAACCGCAGAGACCAAAGUUUCGCGCGAUUACUGAGUAGCACUGACUUCCCUGUUAGCCCGCGAAACCAUGGCAUAUCAAAGAACUGAGUAUGCAGACAAAACAAUGUUCAUGAACUCAAUGGCGGACAGAAAACUGAAAAUUCAACUCGACUCCAUAGAUUUCCACAGGGAAUCAAUUGGCAAGGAGAUAGAUCGCGAGAAAAAGAAAAUUCAAAAGGAGCUCGCUGACGCGGAAAACAUAAUGAAGAAUCGAUUGAGUCUCCCAGAUGCGUCAUCGCCAAACGAUGGAGGCAAAAAGCUAAGCCCUCGAUUGCCGCGGCGGUAUAGCACUCCGCAAGUUUUGUUAUCAGCUUCGGCGUCUCCGCGAAAUUCAUCCGACGUUGAUAAACGCUCACCAGCGGCUAUUAGGAGGAGGAUUUCUUCCGAGGGAACAACGGACGUCGAUUUGACAGAACGGACAUCAGUAAGUCCCACUCGUCCGCUUAGUCCGACGGCGUUCCUACUCCCGCCGCUCAGUCAACCGAGAAGGCAGUCUUUACCGCCUAUAGGUGCUGGAGGAUCUCUAGUUGCUGCAGAUACAAGUAAACUCGCUGGAGAAGCGCUUGCAGGAAGCCUGCCAGGAACACGCAGAGGAAGCUGCACCACUGGCAAUAAAUCUUCGCGGACAUCUCUUUCACCAACCUCGCUAAGCCCUAGGGCAUCGCCAAGAAAAGGCAGUGUGGCUAAUGAAAGUGAGCUUGAAGAGGUCGCCAGUAAAGUCAACCGGUUUUUGCAAAGAAUGGAGUUGAGUAAACAAGACGAAACGUCUUCUAGCAUUGACACCAAAGAGGAAGAAGAUUUACCUUGUGAAAAAGAAGGAGAAACUGAAUAUAUUCUUCCUUUGAGUGACCGAACUGUGAAAAAAGCAUCGACUUUUCAGCCUUCUAACUUUGAAUAACGCACUUCCAAUUUUUUAAGCACUUGGAAGUCAACGGAACUUUGUAAAUAUUCGACAAAUUCGCGCUGUUAUUUGUUAAAAUGAAUAGUUAUUGCGCUAAAUAUCAUUAACACGGAUGUCUGGGAUUUCAUUAUCAAAAAGCGAGUGGGGAAAACUUGAAUUUUAAGUCUACAGUAAACUUUAUUAAAGAUGGGUUGAAAUAAAUCGAA